CGGGCCGAGUCCUUCCGUUCUCAGAUACACUAUGAGUUUCAUGAGCAAGAUUGUACUGGCCACGACAUUGGUCGUGUCCUUGUAUGCAGUCAUUGUCUUCUUGUUCAGUUUUCCCGCCGCUCAACGCGCUUUGGUUUAUUGCAACUGGCUUCAGUUGCCGAGCAAAUUUGAUGUACCGGAAUCGUACGGUUAUGCACACAAUCAUGCUAGAAAUAUCAAGAUCACUACGUCGGAUAAUGUGACACUCGGUGCAUGGCACUUUGUUCCCUUGGAAUAUCAUAUGAAACAUCAGCUUCGUGAAAAAGAACAUGUCCAGGACAGUGUAUUUGAUGCUGCUCUUGCUGAUGCUCAAUAUGACACUGUCAUUUAUUUUCACGGCAACGCCAUGAACCGAGCCGCUCCCUGGCGUGUCGAUCUUUACAAAGCUCUCAGCGAAAAAUUCCGCCGUCUUAAUAUCAUUACCAUUGACUAUCGCGGUUUUGGAGAUUCAGAUGGCGUGCCUGACGAACAAGGGUUACAUCUCGAUGCCAAAGCAACCUUGGAAUGGUUGUACGCAAGAAACGUGACACAUGAGCACAUAUCUCUCAUUGGCCAUUCACUGGGCACCGGAGUAGCGACGGCCCUCGCUUACGAUAUGACCAAAGAAGGCAUGCCGCCCAAUGCAUUGAUUUUGAAGGCAGCUUACAGUUCGUUGCCUAAUUUGAUCUUUGAAUACCGUCUUUUGCAAUACCUGCCGAUUUUGGCGCCUCUUCGGACAAUGCCUCCGGUGCAGAAUUGGUUGUUGUCAAAGUUGCUUCAUAAAUUCGAUUCCUUGUCGCGUAUCGAGUUUGUGGGAUGUCCUAUUCUCAUUACAUACGGGGCGAAAGAUUUGGAGAUUCCCGGACACAACUCGCAACAGCUGUUCCAUCGCGCCAUUUAUGGAUCAAAAGCAUCUCCGCCUCUUUUCACGUUACAGUGGCUUGAGCAUGACCAACAGAUUCAACGUACCAUUGUCCCCAAUGAAGCCACGGUCUUUAAAAGCGCCACCCAUCGUCCCCAAAUACAACUCGUCUGCCUGGAUCAUGCCGACCACAAUAACGUUGGGUAUUUUGACUAUGCUUAUCAAGCCAUGGCGGACCUCACUGGAUGGCAACGUUAAAGUAGGUUGGAUGUCCGUCAUUUUUAAAUUCGUAUGACUAACUCCACUACAAAGAGGAGCAAACGUUUCACUGGCACUUUUAGGAUAAAAAAAAAAAUUUGGACACUAUAAAAUAUAGUGGAGAUCUGCGAAUGCAGUUUGAUUGGAUAUGUCUUGAAAUAAACUCUAAAAAGGUCGCUGGUUCCAUGGAUACAACUUUUAUCCUUUCUUGGUC